AUGGUUGAGAGGGCCCGGCUAUACCUCAUCGACCGGUUCACCACUAAUGCCGACAUUAAGCCAUCGAAGCCGCCCUGCGUUCAGCUGAAGCUGAGGCGCGACUUCAAGUGUAUGUCAGAAGAGGAGCGCCAGAAGUUUGUGGAUAUUAUACGGCGCCUGUAUUUGGACCGAUCGAUGGAUAUGUUGGGUGAUAUACACGCCAGGCAUUGGGGCACUGUUCACAAAAGUGCAGAGUUUUCACCCUUUCAUCGGUACAUUAUCUAUAAGUUGGAAGAAAAAAUCGCUACCAUUGAUCCAACCGUAACUGUUCCCUAUUGGUCAGAUCCCUAUGACUUUUCGGCGCCGGAAAAGUCAAUAUUAUUUAAAUAUUUCGGUACUUAUGGCCAACACGUGGACGGGUUUUGCGUAAAGGAUGGUCUGUUCACUGGUCUAAACCUGACCCGUUGUGUGCGGCGCCAGUGGUAUGACGGAAAAAUGCCCACGUUAGAGUCACCUGAAAUGGUCACGUCAUGGUUGCAACGAUCUACCGACUUCCCCACAGGUGUGGCACUUCACGGGGGCUCACACUUUGUACCCCAUCUGGCAGUGGGUGGCUAUGCGGGCGAUAUGAGUGUGGAAACUGCCGCUCACGACAUAUUGUUCUAUAUGUUCCAUCAGUACUACACUGAGGUAUUGACUUAUAAGUUGCAGCUAAAGGACGACCGAUUGCUUACGCCGUUGAGUUAUAACCUGAUGAGCCGCGUGGACACAACGACCGGUGCCUAUAAGACGGCCAAUAUUUAUACGGAUGUGUUGACCCACUGGACAAAUGUUACGAUCGCCGAAGUAUUUCAUUUGGGUUUUGGCGAAUUUUGUUCAAUUAGCGACCGAAGUGUACUCGACAUCAAUCGGCACCUGAAUGGCGAGCGUCCAGUCCUACCAAACGCUAUCCAAGAGUUGCCACAAAUGGUUAAGACUUUGUUUUUCCCGGCGUUCGCUUCGGAUAACUAUACGUGGUUUGACGUGGAGUUGGACGACACCGGCGAUGAUUGUAACCCCGGCUGCAAACCUGUGCCCAAAUUUCAGGCCUAUUCAGACACCCCUCACGGCAUACGUAUGAUGAGAGGCUUUGAUGACAACUCCAACCCCCUGUCCAUCAACGGUCUGGCCCUCUCACAGAUGUAUAUGUUUGCUCUGACCGAUGCCCUCAAUAUGAUGGGCUACUGCUCCCCAUUCAUCCCUUAA